UAUAGAAGGCAACCACUAUUUUCCUGAUGCCGUUCUUCAUUUAGUGCACAUAAUUAGUUUUCAUAAAGUCAGGAAAAUGAACGAUAAAUCCUUGUUCUGGUCCAUUGGUUCUUUGUAUAGGAUAAUCCAGGUCCAAAAAUUUUUCUGCAAUGGAAAUUAAACCCUCCAGAAGCCAACAAAAGCGUGGGUAAGUCUGUAAAUUGAAAGAUACAAGUAUAUACAAGUAGCAGCCAUUUUGCGCACUUUCAAUUGGCAUGCAACCACCAACGCACAUGUCAUUUUCAGACCCAGAAGAGGGUGGAAAGGGGCAGGGGUGUAAUGGGAUGGGCUGGACGUGUGUCUGGAGCGCAGGUGGGAAGCUGCCUGUACCUAAAAAAUAACAAACAGCCUGAUUCUAUGCAUUUUUACUCAGAGGUAAGCUCUGUUGUAUUCUGUGGGUCUUACUCCUCGGUAAGUGUGUGAGCCCCAUUGAAUUUACUGGAAAUUACUCCUGAGUAAAUACCCAGAGAAUGAAAUACCCAGAGAAUGUAUGAAAGCCUUUAAGUUCCAGUGCAUCACUUCUGCAUGAUAUAGUGGAAGCAAGCCAUUUUUAAGCUGAGUGUAUGAUGUUAUCAUUGUGGAUUGUAAAAGAAUAAACUUGUAAGUUCAAAGAGUUUAGAUUAUGUUACUAUCUAUUAUUGAAACCAUUGUAAAAAAUGCUUUUCUUUAUCAAAGCCACCAGCAUUUAUUACCUCCUGGUUUCCCUCCUUGCAGGGGGCAUUCUACUUUUGCUUUUAUUUUUUUCUAUGUUUUCUGCAGAAACUAUAUAUAAAUCUUGUGUAAUCGUUUUGUUUGUCAAUAUCUCACCUAAAUUAUGAAAUGUAAAAUAGUAAGUCCAGUUCUGGUUAUAGACAAAAUUAUCUUGUAUAAUUUUUUUAAUGAGGGAAGUUAAAUAAAAUGCAAUACUAUUGAAUUGCUAAUUGUUUGAAUGAUAUAUCUUAAAAUGUAUUAUUUGAAGGAAACAUUCAAGACAUUCAACAUCUAAAACGGAUGCUGUCGUAGAAUUGUACCUCAGUGAGGAACAUGAAAAAAAAAGUAGAGCAGCAACGGUUAUUCAGAGAGCCUGGAAAAGAUGGCUGG